UAUUCUUUCUGCAGCUCAGGCUAAAAGGACAGUGGUUACCAGGACAUGUGCUUCUCCUGGUGGAUCACCAGAGUACAAGACAGAUCAUAAAAACACCCUUAAAAACCUCUGCUCCCAAGUAUACUAAUAUUAGGUUAGCUAAAGCUAUUCAGGUGCCUAAGUGUAACAUUAAUUACACCCAGUCAGAGGGCAAGGCAAAGUUAAAUGGCAGAAAGUGUGAAUGUGUAAUCCUCUUAGCGGAGGGUGAAACAUUGGGACCAAGAUUCCAAUCUACAACAUUAAGAAACAUGCCUCUUUAUCCUGGUCUGUCUCUUGUUAAGAGCAUAUUGCUGGGCUUUUCCCCUUUUUAUCCUGUUUGACUGUUAUUUUAAUAGCCCACAGGUCCUGGCUCCACAAAGAUAAGACAGAUCUGUGAUGUGAGGAUAAAGAACCGUGAAGAGCAGGUAUCUAUCAUGGAAGGAGACCUCCUGAUCUGAGACCUUCCCUGGAAGCUGGGGAGUCCUGAGAUAGAGUGGACACUGGAAUUGCUAGACCUGCACCCUAUCUUAACCCCUCUGUUUAGAGUGGAGAAGGCCUGAAUGACAUCUCAGCCUUCAGAGAUCAGCAGUAGCUGUGUGACAACGGAGCAUUUGACCCAGAUGAUGGAAAGGACAGCUUGGUGUUCUCCAGAUUCUGCCCUUUUCAAGGAAGAAGAGGAUAUGACCAGUUCUCUUGAAACAGUAACAUUUAAGGAUGUGGCUGUGGACCUCACCCAGGAGGAAUGGCAGCAAAUGAAACCUGCUCAGAGGGACUUGUACCGUGAUGUGAUGCUGGAGAACUAUAGCAACCUAGUCACAGUGGGCUGCCAAGUCACCAAACCAGAUGUGAUCUUCAGGUUGGAGCAGGAAGAGGAACCAUGGGUGGUAGAAGAAGAAAUGCUUGGGAGGCCCUGUCCAGAAGUUUGGGAAGAUGAUGAACAGAUCAAGGAGCAGCAGGAAACACUUGUGAGGAAAGUUACAUCCAUCUCCAAGAAAACUCUAAUUAAGGAAAAUGUCAUUGAAUGUAAAAAAGUUGCAAAAGUAUUUCCUCUGGGUUCAGACAUUGUUACUUCAAGACAAAACUUCUAUGAAUAUUAUGACUCAUUUGAUAAGGGUUUUGAACAUAAUUUAGACUUACUUAGUUAUGAGAAAGGCUGUAUAAGAGAGAAAAAUUAUGAGUGUAAUAAGUAUGGGAAACCAUUUUACCAUUGCUCAUCCCAUGUUGUAACCCCCUUUAAGUGUAAUCAGUGUGGACAAGACUUUAAUCAUAAAUUUGACCUCAUCAGACAUGAGAGAAUUCAUGCUGGAGAGAAACCGUAUGAAUGUAAGGAAUGUGGAAAAGCUUUCAGUAGGAAGGAAAAUCUUAUUACACAUCAAAAAAUUCAUACUGGGGAAAAACCAUAUAAGUGUAAUGAAUGUGGAAAAGCUUUCAUUCAAAUGUCAAACCUUAUUAGACACCAGAGAAUUCAUACCGGAGAAAAACCUUAUGCAUGUAAGGAUUGUUGGAAGGCCUUCAGUCAGAAAUCAAAUCUCAUUGAACAUGAGAGAAUUCAUACUGGAGAAAAACCCUAUGAAUGUAAGGAAUGUGGAAAAGCCUUCAGCCAGAAGCAAAAUCUUAUUGAGCAUGAGAAAAUUCAUACUGGCGAGAAACCUUAUGCAUGUAAUGAAUGUGGUAGAGCUUUUUCUCGAAUGUCAUCUGUUAAUCUACAUAUGAGAAGUCACACAGGGGAGAAACCUUAUAAAUGUAAUAAAUGUGGAAAAGCCUUCUCUCAAUGCUCAGUAUUUAUUAUACAUAUGAGAAGUCAUACAGGUGAGAAACCCUAUGUAUGCAGUGAAUGUGGGAAAGCCUUCUCUCAAAGUUCAUCCCUUACUGUACAUAUGAGAAAUCAUACAGCUGAGAAACCCUAUGAAUGUAAUGAAUGUGGAAAAGCCUUCAGCCGGAAAGAAAAUCUCAUUACACAUCAAAAAAUUCAUACUGGAGAGAAACCUUAUGAAUGUAAUGAAUGUGGGAAAGCUUUUAUUCAGAUGUCAAACCUCAUCCGACACCAGAGAAUUCAUACUGGUGAAAAACCCUAUGUGUGUACAGUAUGUGGGAAAGCCUUUAGUCAGAAAUCAAAUCUCACUGAACAUGAGAAAAUUCAUACUGGAGAGAAACCCUAUCAUUGUAAUCAAUGUGGAAAAGCUUUCAGUCAGAGACAAAAUCUCCUUGAACAUGAAAAAAUUCAUACUGGAGAGAAACCGUUUAAAUGUAAUGAAUGCGGUAAAGCCUUCUCUCGAAUCUCAUCCCUUACUCUUCACGUUAGAAGUCAUACAGGGGAGAAACCGUAUGAAUGUAAUAAAUGUGGAAAAGCCUUCUCUCAAUGCUCAUUACUUAUAAUACAUAUGAGAAUUCACACCGGUGAGAAACCCUUUGAAUGUAAUGAAUGUGGGAAAGCAUUCUCUCAAAGAGCAUCCCUUUCUAUACAUAAGAGAGGUCAUACAGGUGAGAAACGCCGAGUAUACUAAAUGAAUAAAGGCCUUCUCUUAAAUUCAAUCCAUGCUUUACUUAACUUUAAAAUAUCUUGGCAUAGUCUCAAAAAAUGAAAAAGAUCUUUAUGAAAAAAUUGUAAAGUUUUAUUGAAGGGCAAAAGACUUGAGUAAAUGGAGGGAAAUACCACGGAUGUAGAUGGAAAAACCCAAUAUCGUAAAAUGUCUUUUCUCCCCAAAUUAAUCUAUGGACCUAAUAUAGUUCCAAACAUCUAACAAGAAUUUUCUAGGAUUUUUACCAAAUGCUUCUAAAAUCCAUAUGAAAUAAAAGUCUAUGGAUUGCUGAGACAAUAUUGAAUAAGAACGGA